AUGCCUGAUUAAAAAUGCAACAGACACGUCAAUAAUAUUUAUAAAAACAGAACGGGCGUACUGUUUACAUCAGCUCCUCUAAUACAUUCACGAUCAACUCAGACAGAAAUGUUACCGUCGAUAAUCGAUUAAUUUCGGGCCUCAUUCUUCCGUAAAGGAGCCUCCGGUUAGUUUUAAAGAAGAGCAGCAGAGCGACACCAUGAACCAAGUGGAUUCUGUCCAGCAGCAGCGGACUGGAAGUGUGUGUUUGGAGGAGAAAGUGCAGAAGAAACGCCUCCAUCAUCCGCAGGACGUCGUUCUGAAGCAAACCUCCGUGUCUCCUGCAGACGUCCAGCAGCUGUUGAUUAUUAAAGAAGAGGUUCCUGAUGAAUGGAGCUCCAGUUUGGACCAGCAGAACCCAGAACUUCUCCACAUAAAGGAGGAACAGGAGGAACUGUGGACUAGUCAGAAGGAAGAGCAGCUUAAUGGGCAGGAGGAGAAUGUUAUCAACAGGUUAACAUUCACUGUGAAAAAUGAUGACGAUGAUGAAGAGAAAGCACAGUCCUCACAGCUUCAUCAGAGCCAAACAGAAGACGACAGAGAGGAAACCAACAACUCAGUUAAGCAGAUGAAAACAGACACUGAUGGAGAGGACUGUGGAGAACCAAAACCAGUGGAAAGCCCAGCUUUAAAUAGUAAUUUACAACCAAAUGUUGAUGGAAAGGCUUCAGACUCUUCUGAGACUGACAUCAGUGAUGAUGAUGAGGAUGAAGAAGAUGAUGGUUGGCAGGAACCUCUGUCAGAUCCUGGACCUGAAACUGAAGACAAAAAAGCAUUUGGCUGCUCUGAAUGCGAUAAACAGUUUCUCCACAAGCAGUCUCUUCAGAGACACAUGAAGGGUCAUUCAGGAAAUUCAGCAAGUUCAGUUCAUAAGAAAUGUUUUAGAAUGAAGCAAAAUGUUGAUUCACAGAGGAGAGUUCACAGAGCAGAGAAAUCAUUUGGCUGUGAUGUUUGUGGACAAACGUUUAACCGAAAAACAAAUCUCGAGACACACUUGAGAGUCCACACAGGAGAAAAACCUUUUCACUGUGAUGUUUGUGGUGAACGAUUUAGACACCAGAAUAGUUUUAAAGCACACAUGAGAGUACACACAGGAGAGAAACCAUUUGGUUGUGACGUGUGUGGGAAAAGAUUUAGACAGCUUUAUAAUUUUAAGAGACAUGUGAGAGUCCACUCUGGAGAGAAACCUUUUGAUUGUGCUGUGUGCAAUAAAAUAUCUACACAAGAAGGAGAUGUGGAAACACAAGAGUGUGUCCACACAGGAGAGAAACCAUUUGGUUGUGAUGUGUGUGGGAAAAGAUUUAGACAGCAGUACAAUCUUAAGACUCACGUUAGAAUCCACACAGGAGAGAAACUUUUUAGUUGCCAUGUUUGUGGUAAAACAUUUAGCAGAAAAUUACAUCUUAAGACACACAUAAGAGCUCACACGGGAGAGAAACCAUUUGGUUGUGGUUUUUGUGGGAAACAGUAUAUUCAUCCACACAAUAUUAAAAGACACAUGAGAAUCCACACUGAAGAGAAACUAUUUAGUUGUGAUAUGUGUGGGAAAAGAUAUACACAGCAAGGGGAUCUUAAAACACACAUGACAGUUCACACAGGAGAGAAAUCAUUCAGCUGUGACGUUUGUAGUAAAACGUUUCGACAUCAAGGAAGUUUGAAGAGACACACAAGAGUCCACACAGGAGAGAAACCAUUUAUUUGCAAUAACUGCGGGAAAAGUUUUAGACGUAAGUGUAAUCUUAAAACUCACCUAACAGUUCACACAGGAGAGAAACCAUUUGUGUGCGAUGAUUGUGGUGAAAAAUUUAGACAUCAAGGAAGUCUGCAGAGACACAUGAAAGUCCACAGGAGAGAAACUAUACAGCUGUAAUGAUUGUGGUAAAAGAUUUAGCCAAAAGACGCAUCUGAAGGCUCACAUGAGAGUCCACAGGGUUUGUUGUACGAAAUGAAUUGUGUGGGUAUAUGUUGGUAAGAACCACAUUGGUUUUCAUCCUUUUGUGCAUUUUUGAAAUCUUGAUCUUGUGCAUAUUUUUUUAAAAAUUAAAGCACUUUAAGAGAGACAUUUAAUGACAUUAAUGUAUUUUAAGUACCUGUGAAAGAUAAUAGAUCUUACUCUGUUGAAAAGAGGGCUUAAUUUUAUGUAAUAACUGUACAUAAUCUAAUUAUGAAUUGUAAUUUAACACUGUAAAUAAUACAAUAUAAAGAUGGGUGUAAAAUGUGAGAAGUUUUUGCACAUGAUGUACCAAGUUAUGACUUUUGAGUUCUGACAUUAUGAGUUUAAUGGCGCCAAUUUUGUAAAACAAACAACCAAAUAUUGUCAUAGCACAAUAAAAUUUAAUGCAGUUA